AUGGAUACAAGAACUGUUGGUAUUUUGGGUGGUGGUCAACUGGGGAGAAUGAUUGUUGAAGCUGCAAGCAGACUAAACAUCAAAACGAUUAUUUUGGAUGCCCCAAACUCUCCGGCAAAACAAAUCAAUGCCAUGACCGAACACGUUAAUGGGUCUUUUUCCAAUCCAAAAGAUAUCGAAGAAAUUGCUAAGAAAUGCGAUGUUUUAACUGUUGAAAUUGAACACGUUGAUGUUCCGACAUUGAAAAAACUUCAAAAACAGCUUCCAAAACUUGAAAUAUAUCCAAGUCCAGAAACAAUUGAAUUAAUUCAAGACAAAUUUGUUCAAAAGGAACAUUUGAUCAAGCACAGUAUUCCUGUUGCUGCUUCUCAAGCUGUCAAAUCCACUAAGGAAGAUUUGCUAAGAAUUGGGCAAGAAUAUGGGUUCCCAUAUCUUUUAAAAUCUAGAACAUUGGCAUACGAUGGUAGAGGUAAUUUUGUGGUCAAGUCUCCAGCCCACAUUGAUGAGGCAUUAGAAACAUUAAAAGACAGACCACUGUACGCCGAGAAGUUUGCUCCCUUUGUCAAAGAGUUGGCUAUCAUGAUUGUGAGAAGCAUUGACGGGAAAGUGUACUCAUACCCAACAGUUGAAACCAUUCAUCAAGACAACAUCUGUCAUGUUUGCUACGCUCCUGCCAGAGUUCCAGACUCUGUGCAAGCAAAAGCUCAAAUCUUGGCUGAAAAUGCAAUCAAGUCUUUCCCAGGGUGUGGUAUUUUUGGUGUUGAAAUGUUUUAUUUGGAAGAUGGGGAAUUGUUAUUGAACGAAAUUGCACCAAGACCUCACAACUCCGGUCACUAUACCAUUGAUGCGUGUGUUACUUCUCAAUUUGAAGCACAUGUUAGAGCGGUUUUAAACUUGCCAAUGCCAAAAAACUUUUCUCAGCUUUCCACCACCAAUACCAAUGCCAUUAUGCUAAAUGUGCUUGGAGACAAAGAAGAGAAAAACAAAGAAUUGCAAAUGUGUGAAAGAGCCUUAAACACUCCAUCCUGCUCCGUCUAUUUGUACGGCAAAGAAUCCAAACCAAACAGAAAACUGGGCCACAUCAACAUCAUUGGUAGCUCGAUGGAAGAAUGCGAAAGAAAAUUAGAUUACAUAUUAUCGGAAGAAACCGCAUAUAAAGCCAUUGAUAGUAAAGCUAAACCUGAAAAACCUUUAGUUGGUGUUAUUAUGGGGUCUGAUUCUGACUUGCCAGUCAUGAGUGCAGCAUGCCAGGUUUUGAGUGAUUUUGGCGUUCCAUACGAAGUCACCAUUGUUUCAGCACACAGAACGCCACACAGAAUGAGCAAGUACGCCAUUGAAGCUCCAUCAAGAGGAUUGAAGUGCAUUAUUGCAGGUGCAGGCGGUGCUGCUCACUUGCCAGGCAUGGUUGCUGCAAUGACUCCGUUGCCGGUUAUCGGGGUUCCAGUCAAAGGUUCUACACUGGAUGGUGUUGACUCAUUGCAUUCUAUUGUCCAAAUGCCAAGAGGCAUUCCGGUUGCUACCGUUGCCAUCAAUAACAGUACCAAUGCUGGACUAUUAGCUGUCAGAAUGUUGGGAACUGUGGACGCAAAAUACUUGACCAAAAUGCAAGAAUUUUUGUUGAAGCAAGAAGAAGAAGUUUUAGUUAAGGCUGAUAAGUUGGAAAAUAUCGGUUAYCAAGCUUACUUGGACUCUAAAAAAUGA